AUGCGAGUGUUUCUCCAUUUGUUAACUAUUUUCGGAUAUUCAACGACGAUCCUUAGCCAUGUUACGUUCACCAAUCUGAAGUGUGGCACAAAAGAUAAAAGCUUUAGUAACUUUGAAAAAUGCCACAUCAAAGCGGUGAACCGUUCUCAUAAGUACAUGGAUAUUCAUAUGAAUCUGUUUAAAACCCCAGUAAAUAAUGUCACAAUUAUUGCGAAAUUUAUGCGAUACGAUCAUGGCUAUAAACCGUUCUUCGUAGAUAUCACCUUCGAUGCCUGCAGAUUCCUUAAAAAUCAACGCCAACCGGUUGUUCGAUUGUUCUAUAAUAUCUACAAGAAUAGUUCCAACAUUAACCACACCUGCCCCUAUAAUCACGACCUCAUUGUGGAUCAUUUUUGGACUGGAAAUAUUGAAGGGGAUCUGCUGAAUUACAUCCCCAUAAUAAAUGGCGAUUAUGCAAUCUUUACUGAAUGGUUUUCAAAUAACAUUGUUCGUGCGUUUAUUAAUAUAUACAUACGAGUAUCAGAAAAUCAUAAAUAG